GUCUCUCUUAAUAUAUUCAAAAAACUCACAUCAACAUUAAAAACUCAUCACACUUCUUUUAGCUCCAUCGAUCUCUCUAUAGGCUUCUUCAUUAUAAAAAAAGAAAAGAAAAAAACUAAAGAUGUCUUUCGUUGCAAACUUGGUCAUCAAGAGCUUUGACCGUGCUUCCACAGUAUGUGUUGAAGAUGUGGUGGAUAGUUUUCGAGCAGCAUAUGUUGAGAAUGGUGGUGAUGACGACGACAGUGGCUACGAUUAUGCUCCUGCUGCGUGAUUGUCCGCUACUCCGCUGUUAGUAUCUAAAUGUAAUUUAGGAGGGGAAAGGAGAGAGAAAGAGAUUAUAAGGUGUUUUAGAUAUCUAGCUAGGCCAUGUAUGUUAUGUACUAGAUAGUGUGGUGAAUUUUCUUGUAGAUGUAACAUACCCAUGACGGUAGUAGCAAAAUCAUCUCUUCCUUAACCAUAUUCACAUUUUUGUCUUUCAAGUUUGGAAACUAGUUUAACGUUUCAUUAUACUAAACGAUAUUUUUAGUUCCCUGAAAUUUACUUGUGUUGGUGUUUUCUCAUCGAUUUUGUGUGGUGGUUUAGUAUUCACUUUAUCCAUUUAUGCCACAUUCAAUUUUUUAACCGAAGAAAGCCGAAUCUAAAGUGUAAUCGAACAGGUUUAUUUUUCAAGAUUUGAACUUGUGAAGUAUUUUUUUUUUUGUAUGAAUGUAAAAUUGUAUUCAUAAAAAAAUCGUUUGUACAAUGAAUGAGUCUUAAGAGUUAACUCAAAAACAUUUUAAAGAAUCUAAGGGCCACAGGUGGAGAACCAAUAACAGAGACCCUCCGCAUAAGCCAAAUUUCCCGAGAGUUGAAGAGAGCUGAACCGGUUUCUAACGUUUUUAUCAAUGAUGCGCACAAGUUGGGUUGGCGGA